AUGGCUGAGGGCAGAACGGGGGGACCUGGGCUCUUCGCCAAGCAAACCCAGAAACACUUCAGCCAGGCACAGGAGAAGGUUUUGCAAAAAUUGGGCAAAAUGGUGGAAACCAGAGAUGAGCAGUUUGAGCAAAGUGCACCCAACUUCCAGCUGCAACAGAAUGAAGGCACUAAACUCUACAAAGACCUCAAGGCUUUCCUGGGGGCAGUGAAAGUGAUGCACGAGAGCUCAAGGAAAAUGACUGAAACUCUGCAGGAGAUUUACAGCACGGAGUGGGAUGGUCACGAGGAGCUGCAAGACAUAGCAGCUAGCAAUGACCUCCUGUGGGAUGACUAUGAGGCAAAGCUGGCUGACCAAGCACUGAGGCUGAUGGAGAAUUACCUGGCUCAAUUCAGGGAUUUUAAGGAACGCAUCACCAAGAGGGGCCGUAAGCUGGUGGAUUACGACAGCGCCCGACAUCACCUGGAAGCUCUGCAAAGUGCCAAGAAAAAGGACAAGGCAAAAAUCAUCAAGGCUGAGGAAGAGUUUAACAAAGCCCAAGUGGUGUUUGAAGAGCUGAAUAAGGAGCUUUGGGAGGAGCUGCCGGUUCUCUAUGGCAGGUAA